AGCAGCCCGGCACUGCACAGGGCCACAGACUGCACAGGCUGCUGCCGCCGCCGCCGCCUCCAACGCAACGGAACGAUCGAUUCCAUCAAAACAACACACACACGUAAAUGUGCCGCCUCUUCUGCUGCUGCUGCCGUUUCACCCGGUAACUGACCACCUCCAAGACCGCCGCCUCCACCGCCUCCUUGCUGACUUGUACGGUCGCCUAUAGCCGCCUUCCAGUCGACGGCCAAGAUGACGGAGACAGUCAAUUGUACAGGAUUCCCGACCAGGUCUGGCAGACUACUCAGAAGAAGAUUCAUAUGGAGUCUUGGCAUCCUCAUCUACGCUUUAGUUCACAUCACUCUUCAAGAAAGUCCACCUGACACAAAAAUUAAAUCUGUUAGUGCAACAAGCACAAGUACCUCGUCGGAAGGCAUAGUUUACUACCGACAGCGGCGACAGAACUGCACACCCCCCGCCAUCGAGCAGUUCCCCCGGCCGUCGAUGGGCCCCUGGUGGCGCAAGCAUGGCGGCCUCAUCUUCCACAUACUCAUCUGCGUCUACUCCUUCAUCGGACUCGCCAUCGUCUGCGACGAGUACUUCGUCACGUCUCUGGAUAGAAUAUGCGAAGAGUUUAAGCUGAGCCCAGACGUGGCGGGCGCGACAUUCAUGGCGGCAGGGUCGUCGGCGCCCGAGCUGGCCACUGUGGUGAUCGGCGUGUUCUUCGCCAAGGACGACAUCGGCGUGUCGGGUGUGAUCGGCUCGGCUGUCUUCAACAUCAUGUUCGUCAUCUCCAUCUGCGCCAUGUUUGCAGGCACUGUUUCCUACCUCAACUGGUGGCCGCUCUGUCGUGACUGCUUCUUCUACGCCCUCAGCAUCCUCAUCAUGCUCUGCGUCAUAUUCGACGAGAAAAUAUCCUGGAAAGAGAGUCUAUUCAUGCUGAUCACGUACGUGGGCUACUGUGUAGCACUGGCCUACAACAAGAGCCUGGAGGAAUGGGCGCGACAACUGCCGAUCCCCUGUCGCGACCUGAAUCAGGUGACGGCCGAACAAGAGGACCAACACCUGGUCACCUACAGGCACCUGGACGACAAGCAGCAGGCCGGAGGCGGUGACAAGGUGCUGGACUUUGGGUCGACGGGCGGCACCAACCAAGUGACGUCACCCGGGCAACAGCAGCCGCCUCCAGUCCCACCCCCACCUCAGCCUAAGCCCGAUUACUACAAAGCCAAGGAGCCUGACGCUAAUCAGAUAAACCCGCUGAUUAAACCAGAGAAUGCGGACAUGAGUACAACAAUCCAGUGGGGAAUCUGCGUGCCAGUGCACUACAUGUGCCAGAAAACAAUGCCUGAUUGCAGAACCGAGCAGUAUCGCAACUGGUACCCCUUCACAUUCGUUAUAUCCAUGAUUUGGAUUUCUUUCUAUUCGUACAUCAUGGUGUGGAUGAUCACUGUUAUUGGCCACACUCUUGGAAUACCGGACACAGUGAUGGGACUUACUUUUGUGGCCGCUGGUGUGAGCGUGCCUGAUGCACUUUCCAGUUUAGCUGUUGUCAAAGAAGGUUACGGUGAUAUGGCGGUUUCAAAUGCAGUUGGAAGUAACGUGUUUGACAUUUUGAUCUGCCUCGGACUACCAUGGUUCAUACAAACCGCUCUCAUCAGACCAGGCAGUCACGUCAAUGUCUACAGUAAAGGCUUGACCUACUCCACACUAUCGCUGCUCUCUACUGUAAUAUUCCUGGUGAUGGCAACACAUAUGAAUGGCUGGAAACUGGACAAGAAGUAUGGUACAAUUUUAAUGCUAUGGUACCUGUUCUUCAUUGGCUUUGCAUCGUUGUACGAGUUGAACGUGUUUGGAUAUAUGAACCCACCAGAGUGUGUCAGCGAUUACUAGAUAGAUGUACCGUAUAUACAUAAAAAAUUCGUUGACGAUUAAAUUAAGCAGAAAAUGACUAGAACUUGUUACAUAUUCUAUUGUUUACACUCUGUGUGUUCAAAUUAUCACUAUAUUAUAAAAAAUAAUGCAUGUGCCAAGAAAUGUAUGGAAAUCAAUUUAGAUGCCAUUCUCUAAAUGAAUAUACAGUUUUAUUUUCAUAGAUGUUCUAUUUAUAUAGCACACAUUAUAAGAUGUUUGUAUAGAUGUAACUUACUAUGGAGGCUUUACAGUUCAAUGUAAAUACGGUAUUUCAAAAAUUAAAUUUCAAGAGUAAAUGUGUUGAUAAGGAUUUUGAUCCAAGUGGGUGGAAAGCUAUGAUUUUUUUCGCCAGAGUUUGAUUGCUAUUAUAAUCUGGUAAGUAAGAUAUAUUAUGUACGUGAAAAAGAAUAUUGAAUAUAACUUGAAACUACUAAAGUACUAAUAUUAAAAUUUUAUAAAACCAACUGUGAAGUAUUUGAGCAUGAAAAAUAGAAAGAAUAAGAAAUAUAUAUAUAAAGAAAAAACUUUCUUAUCCAAGAAGCCCCAAACGCAUUAUUUAUUCACAUAUUACCUGAUCAAUAUAAAUUAAUACAGUUUGAAAGUAUUAUGAAGCAAUUCACUAUCUCAUUUUGUUUUAUAGCAUGAUUGAUUUACAGUAGGUACCUUCUGCAAUCCAUGUUAUAUCUACUGAUGUAAGUAAGUACUACAAAUUAUUUUGUAAUACAGUCAAUAUAUAAUUCGAAUAAAGCAAUUAAAAUUGAAUAACUUUGGUAGAAUAAAGUUCGAAUUAUAAUCCUCCAAUCAAUAAAACAUGUGCAAUAAUGUAACGUCAAUUAAUAUGAGCUAACAUUCAACUUUUUGUCCUAAAAUAUUAAAGAGUAUGUGUUCAUACUCAAAUAAUUUGUGUUAUCUUACUGUGAGAAUUGGCAUUCAGCCAACAAGAGCCAGCAAUUAUAUUAAUAUUAUUUUUAUGAUCUAGGUUUUUAGACAGAAUGAGAGUCCAUAUUAUCAAAUUCAAUCUUAUAAAAUUAUAAUAGACAAAUAUAUAUCUGCAAUCAGGCAUAAAAUACCCUACGAAACUGUAAUGAGAAUGAUGGUGAUUUUGUUUGAGAUAAAGUUUUGUAAAACAUAAAAACUAAGAGAGGAGAAGUAUUCAAUAAGUAGACAGGAAGCUUCAUCAGCUUAGAACUCGAUUGAAGCCAAUAACAAAUAAGCUUAUAAAUAGUAUAGGUUUCAUCAUAUCAAAAAAGUAAUCUAUUGUCCAAAAUCGUCCGACAAUAUUGAAUGAAAUAAUUUUCAUAUAAACGGUGGGAUCGUUACCCUCUUAGUCAUAUUGCAUAAAUUGAUAAAAAUCAAGUAGGUUAUCGGUAGCGUAUUCCGGGGGGUACCCAACUAUUUCAAUAAUAUCGUUUGUUAUUCAUGUGGACAUCGCAGUAGGCUAUAUUAUUUGAUAUCUGCUCAUGAAAAAUGAUUAGGAUAAUGAUCAGAAUAUUUUCCCCGAUAAAAUAGUUUACCCUUGUGAAAUUUUCAAUCCGAUCAGCCUGUAAUACAAUAUUUACAAUAUUUAUAACAUAUAAAAGUGAAUAGGUAUCACAAUUUCAGAUACAUCCAGUCUUCAAGUAUGCGAAUUCAAAUUUUUUUGCCUUAGGAUUUUGGGGCCUUGUGUGUAGUCGAUUGACUCUGAAUGAAGUUUACACAGGUUUUUUUGUAUGUCUUGAUAAAGCUCUGUAAAAAAAUGAGUAUAAGUUACCUACGCAGUUAGGUCACAAUCAAGUCCUAAAAAUGUAUUUGUAACUUAAAUAUAGCCUAUUUGUAAUUAUAUUUACACUAUUGAUAACGAUUCGGAUUUGAAUAUUCAGAAAAACCAUUCAAUACGAGUUCAGUUCAGGGAUUCAUUAAGCUUUCAGUAGAGAAUGAAGUAGCCUACAUGAAUCAAUACACUUACUAGUAUAAUAAUUAUGUUAAUAUUAUCUUAAAUUAAAAUGUACUUUGUGAUGAUAUUGAACAUCUCAUUAAAGUUACCAACUGUAGGUAGUAUUCAUAUUGAAAUAUAAUUGCGCCUUCAUAUACUGGUACCUAAAAUUUAUUUAACAUUAGACCUAUGGAAGAAUACUUUGCAGCUUCUGUUAGUUCAGAUUUUAUUGCCAUCGCUGUAAAUUAGAGCAUCUUUAGAGGUGUGAUAGAUCAACCACACCACACUGUAAUACCACAGUAAACGUAUUCUCAUUAGGGUAAAACCAAAUAAUAAAAACCAAUGAUAAAGCUCGUGCCAUCGUAAUUGCAUUUAGUGUUUAAUGUGUUAUCGAUUAUUAUAAUUAUUAAAGAUGAGAUUCUAAGAAUCGUAUUAUAUUUUUGAAGUUUUCCAGUACCAAAAGCAUUUAAGAAAAUAUUUUAAUACAGAACUAUUGGAUUUUCAACAACGAAUCCAUGACAGAGAUUAACAGUUUGUAACAAAUCCUUCAUCUUUAGGAAACUCUUUUAAAAAAUAGAUUUUCUUGGGGUAUUUAUGAAUUAGGUACUACUCUAUCUUUUUCCAGCUUCAACUUUCGUGAGUGUAGGCUACCGUACAUCACAAUUAUAUCAUCAAAAGCUGAAUAAUUUGUGUAACAACCUUAUAUCUGAUGACAUUCUAUUAUUAAAACAAAAUAAAUAAAAAUCGGAUCCAGGUUCAAGUAGGCUGCUUGCUGCUAUCUAGGCGAUGUCUUUUUUUAGAUUUAAGAUAAAACCAAAAAUGUAAGAAUUUUCAUUUUGAUACAUCCCCGAUCAGAGUUCAUAAUAUAGCAAAAGUUAGUUUUUUACCUAUUCUAUCCACAGGGAAAAAACACCAAACAGUUCUUUAUUAACAUUAGUUGUAGGCCUAUAGGUAAUAAAAGCUUAACAGCCAUCUCCAGGAGCAAAAGCAUCUCCAGCAAAAAUCAAAAUAAGUUAUAUUUUUCAAAUAUUACCGAUAGAAAACUGUCAAUAAUAAAUUACAAUGAUAAGUUUAGAAUAUUGUGAACGUUGGUAUAAAAAUCGUCAUUAUUAAAACACAUAUAUAAUGGAUUAUUACUACAACAAAUCGCACUUAAAAAAUAAGAAAUACUAAUCUUACUGGACAUAAUAGCAAAACCAAGUUUUUUUUAUUUCCUCGAUUAUCAUUAAGAUUAAGAAGUUCAUGACAAUAAUUGACAAGCCUUAAAAGUAAAAUAUCCAUUAAAUUUACUAAAUACUAGUAAGCUUAUCCAAUUAUUGUUGCAAUAAAAAUGUAAAUUAUAGAAUGAAAGUAAUAUAUUUCACAGUAGGCUUACACAUAAGACAUUACAUUAUUCAUUAAUGAUGUAAUUGUAUUUAAGGUUAUUAGGUGUGAAUAAUUGAAUAUUACUUAAUUUCAACUUAUUCAAUUUUAUUGUUGAAAGUGACUUAAUAUGUUACCGGUAUACAAAAUUACAGGUUCUGAAAUGCUGUACGAUAAAAGAGUAGGCCUAUGAGAAGGCUUUUUGAGCAUUGUAUGGAGUAGGCUCUAGUCAUAUUUACUAGAGCAUACAAUGAGAACAAACUUUUAGAUUAAGAAAUAACAAAUAGAUGUACUUAUAUCAUUUCCAAUACAAUGGAAUAAUUGAGAUUUUUCAAGUUUUUUUCAAGCUAAUGAAAAGUUGAUUUAAGCUAGACUACUGAAUAUUUUUUGUGAAGAUAUACAUCCUCUCUGACUAAUAUUACUGAAUGGUAUAUUAUUAGCUUGGUGUAUGAAGAUUUUCCAGUUUCAAAACAACUAGGAUCACGGAAGCGAGUCGUUAAAAACUUUACAGGAAUACAAACACACAAGAAUUUUCAAUAAUGCCACCUAAAACACUCUUUGAAGAUGAUGAGUAUUUUCUUCUCAAAACAAAGAUAUUACAUUUAUUCUUAAGAUUUGCUAGACACGUCAUUGACUGUUUAUAACUCAAAAAAUGAAUAACUACUAAAUUUAGCUGACAUUGCUGCUUUUACUCCUGUCAGAUUCUGUUGCGAUGUGCUCUAUUUUUUAUGCAAAAAUGUAUUUAUUUGAUACAUCUUAUUUUAUAAAUGUUUAUUUGAAUAAAAAAAGCUUUCUGCAAUCAAUGGAAUAAUAUUUUGAAAAUUGUUAUUCUGUUUAACCGUUUCAUGCUUUUAUACAGAACCUUAUUAAAACAUAGCCCACUGUUAAUACUUGUAGUGUGUUAAUACUUGAAGUAUUUAUAAUUAUUAUUCAAUUUGUACUUUUUAGGCCAUUUUAGUAGCUUAUUUGUAUUCAUUUGCAUUUUUUUUAUUUGGCUGCAUACGGUACUUUUCCGGAGAAACUGAUUUUUUCACCCCUGCACCAUCUCAUUCUAUAAAACUUCGAAUUUUCUUUUCAUUUGAUUUUCUAGCUGUUAUUUUAGCCUUUACAAACAUAAUUCAUGCAUUUUGAACCGACAAUAAUUACCUGCAGAACAUCUUCAACUUGAAGAUUUCACCUGUAGCCGUAGACUAUAUAGCCUGCCAUUAAGAAUCAAGUAGCUUUUUCGGUGUGUGAUGUUUCAUUGUUCUAUUCUAGUAUAGUGAACAAAUGCAAUUUCUAAUUUAUUUCCAUCUGUACACUAGUAUAGUGAACAAAGGUAAACAAGUUAUUUCAAUAAUUUGGAAUCCAACGAUUGUUUUAUUAAUAAGCGUGAACUUACAAUGACAUGAAGUUACAAAAAAUAAAACAGAACACCAUCGCAAAUAAUUGUUAUGUUAAUUAGGCUAUAUUAUAGCUAAAGUCGGGCAUGAAAUAAAUAAAAUGUACCAUAUAUAUUGGGAUGCUUCUAUAUAGGAGGCGUAGAAACAAUAAGGAUUCAAUCUCACAAUUAUUUCCCGAAAACUUGUAGAAUCUGACUGCUGGCUACGAUGAUUAAUACAAAUAAGAUGGUAGUUUCAUCAAUAUACUAUGGUGAAAGCUUUGUGAGAACCAUUUUAUAGAGCGCUAUUAUUAAAAAAAAUCAACAAUCAAUUACAUGGAUUGGAAAUUAUUACUAUGAGGUUACAAACAUAAUGAGUUCAGUAGACUCUUCCACCUGUAGAUGAGUGACAAGAUAGACUGUUUACUAAUAAAUACGGAAAGUCAAAGAAUUCAUUCAACGGCUCUAAAAAAGUUAUAGUUUCCAUUGAGAUGGAUAUUGCGGAAUUGAUACGCCGUAGCUUUAAUAGUAGCCUAAACUUGCUUUCCAAUGAUUUUAAGAUGUUAUCAUAUAUAUAUAUAUAUAUAUAUAUAUAUAUAUAUAUAUAUAUAUAUAUAUAUAUAUAUGGAUGAAGUAUAAAUAAAUGAAAACUAUAUAAAAUGCAUUGUGAAUAACAUGAUUAUUAAUAACAACGGCUACUUUCAAUUUGCACCUGUAGAUGGGAUAAGUCCAGAAAUACAUAGUACUUUUAAUUAUUUUUAAUGGUUUUAUAAUUUGAAAAAGUCAAUUCUUCUUAAAACGGAAGUAAAAGGUGUUUUCUGAAGAAAGAUUCUAUUUCAAUUUAUUUCUAUUUUAAGUUAUAUAUACGGUUUACAAGUUUAUAGCAGGAUAAAAAAUAACAUACCAGAGUCGAGACAAUUAUUGCUCUAUAGACUAUCUAUCAUGAGGAAAGCAGUGUUAUACAACUGUUGUUCUUAGAGAGAACUGUUGUUCUAAAGAAGUUUAGAGAGGGUUGUAUAAAAGCGAAAGAAUAAAAUAAUAAUUAAUAAUAUUUCACAUUCUAAUAUAAAAUAUUUAAUAUAAAUCAUUUUCACCAGAAAUUGAAACAUCUUAUUUUUUACUGAACAGCUAUGUGGUAACUUCUAAUAUUAUCAAUUUCAAUUUCUUGAUUCAUCUUUUUCAUGACCUGAUUUUUAGAGGGAUAGAGAUGCAUAAGAGUAGGAUUUUCUUUUACAUAUCAAAGUUUAGAGGUGUGUUAUAAUGAGAUUAGAUUAAUAUUUUUCUGGGCUUUGAAGAUAAUAUCUAAAGCCUAUACAAAUAAGAAACAUGAUGUUAUAUUGUAAAUAGGUGUUAUUUUUUUCUAAAUUACUAUAUAAUUAGAUAAUAUUAAAUUAUUGAUUGUGACUUUUUAAAAUAGAGUUUGCAGAUUUCAGCAAAUAUCAGAAACUUUGCUUAUAAUAAUUACUGUAAGUGAUUAGAAAUUAUACGAAAUGAGCAAGAGAUUCAAAUGAUAAUUUCAAGUUGAUGUUCGCUUUUUUGAUGUAGAAUUUUAAGACAUUCAGAACCAUAAACCCGAUGGGAGAUGUUCGACUAACUCAUUAUUCCAGGUGUUAUUACUGGUUUAUACAUUGUUGUACGGUAUGCUUAUUAUAUUUCUAUUGUUAAUGUUGAAUGUCUGAGAUUCUUCUUGAAUUUUUAUCUUCAUGUCUGUACCAUAUCAGUGAUCCAUGUGAAGUGAUUAAGAGUGAGGUUACUAAUCUGAAUUAGAGUCGAUAAAGAUAUGAAUGAGGUGCUUGUUUCAAGAGAAUACUGUAAUGCUAUUAUAUUGUUUCAAAUAUUACAUUUAUGAAAUAUUGUGUCUGUAUAAAUGGUUGAGAAAGCUCCAAAUAAGUAAUGUUCAUGUAAUUGAUUCACUGUUAUUUAAAAUGAAAAUAAAUACAAGAGGUGUUUCCGCCCUACAAA